AUGACGCCCCGGCCGCUGCUCCUGCUCCUGGGGUUCUGCUCGGCUGGCCUUGUCCUGGGCUCUGAACAUGAGACACGUCUGGUGGCAAAGCUAUUUGAAGACUACAACAGCGUGGUACGUCCAGUGGAAGACCACCGCCAGGCAGUGGAGGUCACUGUGGGCCUGCAGUUGAUACAGCUUAUCAAUGUGGAUGAAGUAAAUCAGAUUGUGACAACCAAUGUUCGUCUUAAGCAGCAAUGGGUGGAUUACAACCUCAAGUGGAAUCCAGAAGACUAUGGCGGCGUGAAAAAAAUUCACAUUCCCUCAGAAAAGAUCUGGCGCCCAGACCUCGUUCUCUAUAACAAUGCAGAUGGUGACUUUGCCAUUGUCAAGUUCACCAAAGUACUCCUGGACUAUACGGGCCACAUCACAUGGACACCUCCGGCCAUCUUUAAAAGCUACUGUGAGAUUAUCGUCACCCACUUCCCCUUUGAUGAACAGAACUGCAGCAUGAAGCUGGGCACCUGGACCUAUGACGGCUCUGUGGUGGCCAUCAACCCGGAAAGCGACCAGCCAGAUCUGAGCAACUUCAUGGAGAGUGGGGAGUGGGUGAUCAAGGAGGCCCGCGGCUGGAAGCACUGGGUGUUCUACGCCUGCUGUCCCUCCACCCCUUACCUGGAUAUCACCUACCACUUCGUCAUGCAGCGCCUGCCCCUCUACUUCAUCGUCAAUGUCAUCAUUCCCUGUCUGCUCUUCUCCUUCCUCACUGGCCUGGUGUUCUACCUGCCCACAGACUCAGGAGAGAAGAUGACUUUGAGCAUCUCUGUCCUGCUGUCCUUGACUGUGUUCCUCCUGGUCAUUGUGGAGCUGAUCCCCUCCACCUCCAGUGCCGUGCCCUUGAUUGGGAAAUACAUGCUGUUCACCAUGGUGUUUGUCAUCGCCUCCAUCAUCAUCACCGUCAUUGUCAUCAACACACACCACCGCUCGCCCAGCACCCACGUCAUGCCCGAGUGGGUGCGGAAGGUUUUUAUUGAGACUAUCCCAAAUAUCAUGUUCUUUUCCACGAUGAAAAGACCAUCUAGAGAAAGACAAGACAAAAAGAUUUUUACAGAAGACAUUGAUAUUUCCGACAUUUCCGGAAAACCGGGGCCUCCACCCAUGGGCUUCCACUCUCCUCUGAUCAAACACCCUGAGGUGAAAAGUGCCAUCGAAGGUGUCAAAUACAUCGCAGAGACCAUGAAGUCGGACCAGGAGUCCAAUAACGCGGCUGAGGAAUGGAAGUACGUGGCCAUGGUGAUGGACCACAUUCUCCUUGGAGUCUUCAUGCUUGUCUGUAUCAUCGGGACCCUGGCUGUAUUUGCAGGUCGGCUCAUUGAACUAAAUCAGCAAGGAUGAGCCGAAAGCUGAGGUGGGCUCACCUCUGCUCCAGGACCAAGCAGAGCAGAGACAGACAGCGGACACAGGAGGGUUCAUCUACUUGGUUCAUUCAUCAACCAUUUAAUUUUCCAUAUUUGUUAUUAAUUAAGUGUAUGUCAGGU